GUUCUUGCACUUCUUGCUACCUCACCACAGGGCCGUGUUCCAGAUCAGCAGUUAACUACAAUGCAGGAUGCAAGACAGCAAUGUCAAAUGUUGUCAUGGCAAUUGCGGUUAUGUUCACAUUGUUGGUCCUCACUCCUCUGUUCCAUUACACUCCCUGGGUUGUGCUGUCUGCUAUUAUAAUAGCCGCCAUGCUCGGCCUCAUAGACUAUGAAGCUGCAAUUCACCUCUGGAAGGUUGAUACAUUUGACAUUGUUGUCUGCAUGAGUGCCUAUAUCGGCGUCGUUUUUGGCAGCCUUGAAAUUGGACUAGUCUUAGCGGGUACUUUUGUUUCUGGCAAGGCCAAGGACUUUUGUUCAAGGACACCUUCUGAAUUCCAUGGUUUACAGAAAUGUUGAGCAGUAUCCCAAUGCAAGCAACGUUCCUGGAAUUCUCAUAGUUGAGAUUGAUGCUCCCAUUUACUUUGCAAAUACCAACUACUUAAGAGAAAGGUACUAAUUAAUUAAACCUGAACACACUCUUGCAUGUUAUAAGCUUAUUAUUGAUUGUGUAAACCAAGCUGCUUCCAUCCCUUGGAGCAUUAAGCUGCUUAUUCAGGAUAUUCUCUUGUUGUGUUCCAUUUGUGAGAAAAUGGCUUGUAAGCAUGUGUUUAGGGAGGCUAAUUUUACGGUUAAUGUUCUUGCCAACUUGGGGCACAAGCUUAUUCCGUUUAAGUUGUGGGAGAAUGGGCUACCUUUGAAAUAUUCUCUUCGGUUUUAUUUUGAUCUUUUUGCCCCGUAGUGCUUAUCAAAAUAAAGGACUCUUUUUUGUUUUCUGACUGGGUCAUGGGGGAGAGGAAGGACCUCAAUCACUGAGCUAAACC